GAGUAAACCAUGGUACUUGUGGUACAGCCAGCCAACAAUUUUGAUAGCAACCUCUACGUUAACCCGAAAAGCAAACCGAGUCCGGUUAUAAUCCCUGUGAUAGACUUAACCGACUCAGAAGCCAAAACCCAAAUCGUCAAGGCAUGUGAGGAGUUUGGGUUCUUCAAAGUCAUCAACCAUGGUGUCCGACCAGAUCUUUUGACACUGUUGGAGCUAGAAGCCAUCAAGUUCUUUGCUCUGCCUCGCUCUCUCAAAGAAAAGGCUGGUCCACCCGACCCGUUUGGGUACGGUAGUAAACGGAUCGGGCCCAAUGGUGACCUUGGAUGGAUUGAGUAUAUUCUCCUUGAUGCUAAUCUCAGCAGUGAAUCUCACAAAACCUCCGACGUUUUCCGGCAAACUCCUCCAGUUUUCAGAGAGAUGGUGAAAGAGUACAUGGAGAAGAUGAAGGGAAUGUCUAGCAAAGUUCUGGAAAUGGUAGAGGAAGAGCUAAAGAUAGAGCCAAAGGAGAAGCUCAGCAGCCUGGUUCAAGUGAUGGACAGUGAUUCGUGUCUGAGGAUGAACCAUUACCCGGAGAAAGAAGAGACUCCGGCUAAAGGAGAGAUUGGGUUCGGUGAGCACACGGAUCCACAGUUGAUAUCACUGCUCAGAUCAAACGACACAGAGGGUUUACAAAUCUGUGUCAAAGAUGGAACUUGGGUCGAUGUUACACCUGACCACUCCUCUUUCUUCGUUAUUGUCGGAGAUACUCUUCAGGUGAUGACAAACGGAAGAUUCAAGAGUGUGAAACAUAGAGUGGUGACAGCUACAAAGAGGUCAAGACUAUCAAUGAUAUACUUCGCAGGUCCUCCGUUGAGCGAGAAGAUUGCACCAUUGAGAUGCCUUGUCCCAAAGCAAGAUGAUUGGCUUUACAACGAGUUUACCUGGUCGGAGUACAAGUUAUCUGCUUACAAGACUAAACUUGGCGACUACAGGCUUGGUCUAUUUGAGAAACAACUUCCCUUUUCCCUCUCCAAUGUUUGAGGCUGUAUUCAUAUUAUUUCUUUUUUGUUUAGAAAAUUUAAUCA